AUGUCAAAUACUUUUUCUAUAUUAGUUAUUGGAGAAACUGGAUGUGGUAAAUCAACACUAAUCAAUACCAUAACAAAUUAUUUUUUAGGUGGAAAAAUUCCAGAUGAUAUUAAAGUUGCAAUCAAAACCAAAUUUUUAAAAGCAACAGAAAAAUUCAAAUCAAGUGAAAACGAUUCCCAAGAUAGAACAAAGAGUCAAACUGAUAGUUGCAACACCUAUUCUUUUAAAAAAGAUUCAAAAACUUUUGCUUUCAUUGAUACACCAGGUUUAUCUGAUACCCGUGGUGUAAAACAAGAUGACUUAAACAUUGGUAAAAUUAUUGACUCUGCUGAAAAUUGUUCAAGUCUUUCAGCAGUUAUAAUUGUAAUCAAUGGUACGGUUCCAAGAAUGACUAUUAACCUUCAAAAUGUUAUUACAAGACUUCGUGGAUCUAUUCCUGAUUCAUUAUUAAAAAAUGUGUUCCUUGUAUUUACCAAUUGUUUAAGUCAUACUAGAAACUUUGUUUUAGAAUCUUUAGAAAUUGAAGUUAAUACUGAUAAUAUUUUCCAUAUGAACAAUACUGCAUUCAGUACUGAUAGAAAACUUUGGGACGAAAUUUCAAUUAAGUCUUUAAAAACAGAAUUCGAACUUUCAUUUAUGACCAUUGAAAGGCUAUUGGAUUCUGUUUCCAAAGUAUCAUCAGUCUCCACUAAGGAUUUUGGGGAAAUGAAAAAACAUAGAAUGAAUAUAAAAUCUACUCUACAUAAAGCAAAAGUAGAUAUUGGUAAUCUUCAAAAACUUCAGGAUUCACUAGCAUCAUAUCAAGCUCAAUUGGAAAAAGCAAAUAAAGAUGUUGAAUCAUUUAAAAACUUUACAAAAAAAACAAAAGUUGCAAGUAAUGAAUUAAAAGAUGCUCCUUAUCAUAGCACAAUCUGUAGUACAUGUAAUCAUGUUUGUCAUGAUCGUUGUGGUUUACAUGAAAUUACUUCAAAGGGUGACAAUGCUUUUAUUAAUUGUACAGCAAUGGCUGGUCGUAAUAAUUGUAGAAUUUGCCCAAGUGAAUGUUCAUAUACUGUUCAUUAUCAUGAUAAAAAAACAAUGGUUAAAGUUGAAAAAACUGUAGAAGAAGAACUAAAAGAUUUGAAGGAGAAAUUUAUGAAAAGCUCACAAUUAUCUACCGAAUUCUCUGGCAAGAUUAAUAGCCUUUCAGAUGCAAAGAAUUUAACAAAUGUUACUUUAAAAAAAAUGACCACUGAAAUUGUUUCCUCGUGUAAAGAAUUGAAAAAACUAUGCUCAGGUUUUAAUUUAGUUGAUGAACUUCAAAUAACAUUAUCACAAAUGGAAAUGGAGGCAAAAAAUUCAACAUCAUUCGAUGCUAGAAAAUCAGCUGAUGAAAUGAUUAGAGUAAUAAGAGACAUAUGCGAUACCUUGAGCAAAGAAUCAGAAUUAAAAUCAAAAAAGAAAAUAAUUUCAAUUGAUGAAUCAAAAAUUAAAAAAGAUCACAUUAAAAAAAAUAAUUUUGUAGAUGAUAAUGAAAAAGAAAAAAGUUCAAAAAUUCAAUGUGACUGCUUUACUUGUAAUGAAACUAUUGAAGUUGAAAAGAAACUAUACAACUCUAUUCUUGAAAAAAAAGGAACAUUUGAAUGUCAAAAAUGUUUAAAAUCAAAUAAUAAUAGUAUAAAUAAUAACAAUAACAAAAAUACAAAAACUAAUUCAAACAAAGAAUCAAACAAUGAAACUACAAUUGAGAAAAUAAAAAAACUCAAUUGUACAUCUUGUAAAAAUGAGUUUUUAAUACCAAAAGAAAAGCUCAAGCAACUAAUUAAUCAAGGUGAACCAAUAUUGUGUGAUAUCUGCAAAUCUAAGAAAUCUAACAUUCCAAAACAAAAUGACCCAAAUAAUGAUAUUAAACAAAAGAAACUCAAUUGUAAUUCUUGUAAAAAAGAUUUUUAUUUAGAUGAUGAAAAAUUUAAAGAAUUAAGAAUCAAAUAUGGUAAUAAUAUUCAAUGUAAAAAAUGUUUCAUCCCCAAUUCCCAAAAACCUUCUUCAGCAGAUCCAAACAAAAUAGAUGAAGAAAAAAACAAACAAAAAAAAAAAUUAUCACCCCAAAAUGAUCAAAAAGAUAAAAAAAUUCAAAAAGAUAAGAAGGACCAAAAAGAUAUUCAAUAA